UCGGAAGUUUUGGUUGUUGACCCGGAAGUCUGUAAACGCUGAUCGGAUUGCAUCUGGUCCUGUUUAUAAACUUGGAAUUUUAAAUUUAGCGGCUCGUUGUUGUUGUGGUUCUCUCGGUCCUUGACGGGCCUCCGGUAUCCGGACCCCCCUCGGUCUUUAUCGGCCUCGCUGCCGCGCGCUCGGCUCCCCGUCCCGGUCUUUAGCGGGGCUCCCGGUCGCGGGGUCGGCGGUUCUCGGGCUCUCUCGGCCUUCAGCGCCCCUCGGAGCGGGCUCGCCGGGGUCAUGGCGUCGCCCCCGGAGAUGACGGAGAUGUACGACAACGCGCUGCUCGGGAUCCUGCAGCAUGUCGGAAACAUCGAGGACUUCCUGCGGAUCUACUUCGGGUUCUUGUACCGAAAGACGGACUUCUACCGUCUGCUGUCCGGCCCCACAGACCGGAUGGGCUUCCCGCCGGGGGUGGCGGAGCGGAUGGUGCUGAAGACGUUCCAGAUGUUCGAGAAGCUGGCGGAGCAGGACCGCGAGCGAGCGCUGAGCCUGCUGCAGAGGAGGCAGGAGAGCGGCCGAGUCCCCGCCGCCGUUCAGGAGCUGGAGGUGUCGUCUGAGAACGCCGAGGCGAAGGAGGACGAGGAUCAGGAGGAGGGGAAGAAGAAGAAGGAGGGAGAGGAGAAGGAGGAGGAGAGCUCAGCCACAAUCAGCAGAGAUGCUUCGGCUGCUUCGGCUGAGGCAGAGUCGACGUCCAGCAGCAGCCCAGGACGUCCAGCGGCGCCGCUGGAUCAGCCGUCUGCAGACGGAACUCAGGAUCGCUUCCAGUCGGACCCGGACAGCUACAACGGGGCGGUGAGGGAGAAGUACAGCUGGUCGCAGGACUUCAUGGACGUGGAGGUCCGCGUCUUCGUGCCCAAGACGGUGGUGAAAGGCCGACAGGUCAGCGUCAGCCUGCAGAGCGGCUCCGUGCGGGUCAGCGUGAGGGACGGCGGCGCCGACGAGACGCUGAUAGACGGCGAAUUCACGCACAAGAUCAACACGGAGAACUCGCUGUGGAGCCUGGAGCCCGGGAGAUGCGUGGUCCUGUCGCUCAACAAGGCGUCGGAGGUGUGGUGGAACGCCGUGCUGAAGGGCGAGCAGGAGAUCGACAUCAACCAGAUCAACCGCGAGCGCUCCAUGGCCACGGUGGACGAGGAGGAGCACGCCGUGCUGGACCGGCUCACCUUCGACUACCACCAGAAGCAGCAGGGGAAGCCGCAGAGCCACGAGAUGAAAGUCCACGAGAUGCUGAAGAAGGGCUGGAACGCCGACGGCUCGCCGUUCCGAGGGCAGCAGUUCGACCCGUCCAUGUUCGACAUCCCGCCCAGCGCCGUGCAGUUCUGACACGCCGCCGCCGCCGCCGCCGCCGCCGCCGCCCCAAACGCCCGCUCCCUGGACAGUUUCCUCCCAGAAUCUGGAGUCUGUAGCAGCUGCAUGUGUGUGGAGAGAGGAGACGGACAGGAAGUGAAGACGAGACGACGAAGCGAAGACGAGACGCUUUGAUUUGAUGGUUUGACCGUGUGAAGACUAUAAAUAUGUUUCUCUCUUUA